UUGUAUUAUAUUUCAUUCAUUUGAUGACUUCGUGGGUGAAUCGGUACAUGCUUCAUUUGGUACGUUCAACUAGGAGACCAUCGCGUGUGCAAGACGGCAUUAGAAUUUGGAAACCCUUUCAGCAAACGCAACCUUGAAUUCAAAGGAAGCGCCGAGAUAAACAAUGAACAAAUCCCUCCAUCCUAUCAUCAUCUUUUUCUGGGGCAAUAUUUUGUUCUUGCGUGCGCAAUGUCGAGGCACUCACGGGAUUCUUAAUGAUUCAAAGUUAUCGGAACACAAGGAACUCUGUUUCAGGAGAUGUGACUUUAGCUUUCAAGCGGAUGACAGGGGAAUAUCGAGUAAUGAGAUAGUUGGGCGUCGUUCAUGUUACGUAAAGUGUCUUCGAGAGGACGGAGAUGCAAAGUCUGUAAAGAGUGAACGGAGAGUUUUCGUUGAUGACCAAAAGACGUCACUCUUCAAUAGAAUCAGACGCAACGCCAACAACACGACCAACAAACAAAGUACUGGCGUUAAAAAUGAAGGCCUAGAAUGCUUGCUUGGCAUGCGCAAUGCUAGCAAUAAAACUGAUGCUAAGAAUGCUGACGGCAUACGGAUAGUGUUCCGCGAAAGAGAGGACACAGGAAGAUAUCAAGGGACUGUAACUUGGAAACCCUUGCAAAAUGAAAGUGAUGGAUACAAGAUAAUAGCAGUCUAUAAUCUGGGUAAAGCUGAAGUAAGUGUGGAAUGCGAAGUGGUUGCAAAGACUGUUAUGCUGUAUAACUUCACUAAUUCUUCAAACGGCAUUAUGAACGGUUCUAGGGUGGACGUUAUGGUUGUCUCCUAUCCACAUUUCGAAAAUCUGACUAAGUUACUAAAAGAUAGUCAGACGCACUGCAAAGUUCCAGCCGUCAAUGGAUGUUAUAAGCGAGACAUAACAACAAUGUCGCCAACAGGCCUGCAAAGUAGCAGCACUGCGAGGGGUCCUGCGAAGACAGAGCCGCCAUACCCAAGGGAAAAUGGUAACCGGACCACCAUGAUCCUUGUAGCUGUCUUUGUAACGUCGUGUGUAUCAUUUGUGGCUUUGGUAUUAGCCUUUGGGUACUACCGCCGACAUAAAAAACACAAAAGUACUAAGCUUGCGAAUCCUUUGACAGAGCUGAAAUUUGAGUUCGAUGCAUUCAUUAUAUACAGUUCAAAAGACUCAGAGUGGGUAGUAAAAACCCUUCUUCCAACUCUUGAGGAAAAGCAUGGGUUAAAGUGCUGUGUACACUACAGAGAUUUCACUCUUGGAAUACCUAUUCGGAAAAAUAUGGUUGACAGCGUUUACAAGUGCAAGAAAACGGUGGCUGUUGUCUCCACUAAUUUCUUCAAUAGUAACUACUGCGGAUCUGAGCUAGAUUACGCCCUCCACCGACUCAUGGAAAAAAAUGAUAACAGCUUAGUUGUUGUCAAACUUGAUGAUGUUGACAGAAAUAAAUUGCCGAAGGAACUUCAAAACAGGAGCUACAUAGACUAUCCAAAGUCAAUUGAAAAGGAAACCUGGGAGAAAAAAUUGAUAAAAUGUUUGAAGGUCAAUAGCUAAAGAGAAAAUUAUGAUUGACUCUACAUCAGCACUAUAACGGCAUGCAUUUUCAGCGUGUAAUAAGAACAACAAGAGCAUUUAUUAGCAUUGCAACUUGUAAAGUCAAAACUUGCAAGUUACCCGUUGAAAUAAUGUACUUUGUGUCUUUUUCGCAGAAGUAAAGUGAAAGUUUGACCUUAAUAAUUAGGUUGUAAACAGUCUCUUUUUGCAUGUCAGCAUUAGAACAGAUUAGUCGCGUGAAACAUAUCUUCAAGGAAGAUUUACGAAUAACAUUCAUAAAAGCUUUAGUUUUUUUAAGUAGAUUGUACUACUGUUCUUUGGUUUGGUUUAACAUCACUGAUACAAACAUUAGGAAGUUGCAAAGUGUUCAAAUUUUUUCUGCCCGCAUAGUUAGCGAUACUAAUUAUAAGAUAUACGACUACGUAUCUCAAAUGUUAAAGAGACUGAGGUGGCUCUCAGUAAAAACCAAUUUAUAUUUUAGAGAUGCAGUUAUGGUAUUUAAAUGUAUGACGGGCAUGGCCCAAGACCAUUUAAGUAACAAAUUUUUCUCUAGAGGUAACAUAAGUGGGCGGGCGAAUAGAACUUCCCACAAUUAAAUAUUCCAUUAUCGAAACAAAAACAGGGCAGCGAUCCUCUUCUUAUAGAAUUGUUAAAAUAAGGAAUAAUUUACCCCCUGAAAUAAAUCUGAGCCAAUCUCUAAAUAAUUUUAGCGUAGUUUGAGAGAGCAUCUUUUGAAAGAUUCCUUACGAUGAGUCAUUUUGUCAUCUUUUAGCUAGCCUUAAAUACUAAUUUUUAUUUCUUUAAACUGUCACUGAAAAACCCUCAUGGGGAUUUGUCAGUAAAGUAUUAUAUUAUAAUAUUG